AUGAAAACAACUACUAAUGAACUUAAAAUAAAGAGACCGACUGAAUCAGCAGCUACCACUGAACGUACAACCUCGACAGAGAGGAUAACUGAAUCUAAAAUCUCCACAGUGCUCACAGAAGAAUCAGCAGCAACACCUGAGUCUACAAUCUCGACAAAGAAGACGACUGAAACAGCUACAAUUAAGUCUACAACAUCGACCGAAAGGGCGAUUGAACCAACAAUUACAACUGAGCCUACGACCUUGUCUACAUCUGCAAGAAAACGUGCAGCCUCAUCACAGAUAAAUCAAUCCACAGCUACUGCUGAGCCUACAAACUCGACAGAAAGGAUUACUGAAUCAAUAGAUACAACCGAACAAGAAACCUCGACAAUGAAAACAACAGAAGCAACGGCAACAGGCGUGUCAACUAAAACAUCAUUAUCCCCAACAUCGACGGAAGAAAUAACCACAAAGCCAAAAGGGGACACAACAAUGCCUUCUGCUAUAAGUGGGACACAAGCUAUUAGAUGGAUUGUCUCCUCGAUUCAGACCUCCUCCGUCUACUCUCUUAUGCCGAGCACCCUUCGCAUAGACCGCCUGACCCUUCGACCUGAUUAUCGCUUCCGUUCACCUGGCCCCCACUUGACUCGACCUACAAUCUCGACAGAGAGGAAAAUGGUUACAACAGUUACUAGCAGACCGACAAAUUCAGCAACUACAACCAAAACUGCAACUUCGACAGAGAAAGAAGCAAAAUCAACAGUCACAACUGAGUCUACCACCUCGGCAGGGAGAAUAACUGAAUCUACAGUUACAACUGAACCUACACGCUCAAUACAGAUCUCAACACAAUUAACAACCAACACUGAACCUUUAAUCUCAACAGCAGAAACUACAGAAUCACUCUCUUCAGGGAAAUAUACAUCCUUGAUAGAGAUGACAACUGGAUCAACAGCUAAGUUUGGACCUACAACUUCGACAGAAAACCCAACUAAAUUAACACCUACAAUGGAAUCUACAACAUAUACGGAGAAAACACCAAGAUCAACAGCUAGAACUAGUUAUAUAGACCUGGCUACUGUAAUUGCAACUAGAACUGAACCUGCAAGCCGUACAAAUCGAAUCAUUUCAUCAACAGUCUUGACGGAAACGACAACUAAAUCAGCAGAUACAACAAAUGAACUGUUAAAUUCAAUAGAGGGGAAAACACAAUCAGUACCAACAUCUGAACCUCAAAUUACGACAGAGAAGACAUCUGAACCUACACUCACAACAAAGAAGACAACUGCAUCAAUAUCCACAAGUGAACCUACAACCUUUAGAGAGAAACAGAAUUAA